GGGGCGUGCAGUGUUGCGAUCGGUGGUGCGCUGUGUCCCUCGGACACAGCGGAUCACCGGACAACGGAAAGAGCCAAAUACAUCUGCUCUGUCAUGUGAUCAGCUGUGUCCAAUCACAGCUGAUCGCAUGGGACAUCUACACUGAUCAUCAGUGCACUGAUGAUCAGUGUGCACAGAUGAUCAGUGUAGCCCCAUCAGUGCCACCUGUCAGUGUCCAUCAAUGCCAGCUGUCAGUGCUCAUCAGUGCCACAUAACAGUGCCUACCAGUGCACAUCAAUGCCACAUAUCAGUGCCCAUCUGAGCUGCCUUUCAGUGUCACCUAUCAGUGGCAGUCAGUACCACCUAUCAAUGCCAGUCAGUGCCACCUAUCAGUGCUGCCAAUCAGUGCCACCUAUCAGUGCCAGUCAGUACUGCCUAUCAGUGUCAGUCAGUGCCGCCUUUCAGUGCCAGUCAGUGCCGACUAUCGGUGUGCAUCAGUGCCUCCUAACAGUGCCAGUCAGUGCCCGUCAGUGCUGCCUAUCAGUGCCAUUUAUGAGUGCUGCCUUUCAGUGCCCAUUGGUGAUGCCUGUCAAUGCCCAUCCG